AUUCAAAUAAACCAUUACCAUAAAACCAAAAGGUCUUGUUGAGGAAAUUCAAAGGCUACCACCACUCGUACGCCAUAGCUCCAUUAUCCUUUUCAGCCAAGAAAACAACAAGAAACUUUAGAGAAAAGAAAAAAAAAAACAACCCUGUAAAUGAAUAGGAAAGGAGAGUGAAAAACUGACGAAGAAUAAGAAGAAGAAGGCAGAAGCUAUGGUGAUGGAGUCAAAGCCUUUACGUUUCCUUACUCAGCAAUCUUUCUUUGCAGCUGUCCGAUCUGGGGACCUUGAGUCUGUCAAGCAGUUGUUGGAUAAGUUGACAAAAGAAGAAUCGCCUGAUGGAUCAUCGGCGGUGUCUGAUCUGAUGGCAGCACAGAGUGAGUCAGGAGCUAGUGGAUUGUAUAUUGCUGCAGAGAGCAAUUUUCAAGAGAUUUUCAGUUACUUGCUCAAGUUCUGUGAUGUUGAGAUUGUUAAGAUCAGGUCUAAGUCUGAUAUGAACACUUUUCAUGUUGCUGCUAAGUUAGGACACUUAGGUAUAGUGAAGGAACUUUUGGGCAUUUGGCCGGAGCUUUGUAAGUUUUGUGACCCUACAAACACCAGCCCGCUUUAUUCUGCAGCUGUUAAAGAUCAUUUGGAUGUGGUAAAUGCUAUACUGAAUGCUGAUGCAAGCUGCAUAAGGAUAGUGCGCAAAAAUGGAAAGACAGCAUUGCAUACAGCUGCAAGGUAUGGCCUUACUAAUAUAGUUAAAGCUCUUAUAGACUGCGAUCAAGGAAUUGUGAGCAUCAAAGAUAAGAAAGGCCAAACUGCACUCCAUAUGGCUGUGAAGGGUCAGAAUACUGCUGUAGUAGAUGAAAUAUUGCUUGCUGAUCACUCCAUACUGAAUGAACGUGACAAAAAGGAAAACACAGCAUUGCAUAUAGCUACCAGGAAAUCUCGUCCGCAGAUUGUGAGCUUGUUGCUAACUUAUAGAUCUAUCGAUGUCAACACCAUUAAUAAUCAGUGUGAAACUGCAAUGGAUUUGGCUGAUAAACUCCAGUACGGAGAACCUGCACAGGAAAUUAAAGAAGCUCUGACAGAGGCGGGUGCUAAGCAUGCUAGGUAUGUUGGCCAAGUAGAUGAAGCCAUGGAACUUAAGAGGACUGUGAUUGAUAUUAAGCAUGAGGUGCACUCACAAUUUCUACAAAAUGAAAAAACCAACCGAAGAGUUUCUGGAAUUGCCAAGGAACUUAGGAAGCUUCACAGAGAAGCUGUCCAGAGCACCACCAAUUCUGUUACUGUUGUUGCUGUGCUCUUUGCAUCAAUAGCUUUCUUGGCUAUCUUCAACUUGCCUGGUCAAUAUGUAACAGAUGGACCAGAUGCGGGGAAGGCUAACAUAGCUUAUCACGUAGGUUUCCGUGUGUUCUGCCUCCUGAAUGCUAUAUCCCUCUUCAUAUCUCUGGCCGUAGUCGUUGUUCAGAUCACUUUGGUUGCAUGGGACACAACAGCUCAGAAGCAGGUAGUAUCAGUAGUUAACAAGCUGAUGUGGGCUGCCUGCGCUUGCACUUGUGGAGCGUUUUUGGCCGUAGCUUUUGUGGUUGUGGGAAAAGGGAGUUCAUGGAUGGCUGUUACCAUAACCAUAGUGGGAACACCGAUUCUUGUUGGCACACUCGCGAGCAUGUGCUAUUUUGUUUUUCGACAACAUUUUGGGAUAUUUCGCAGCGACUCUCAGAGACGAAUAAGAAGGGCAAGUGGGAGCAAGUCUUUUUCAUGGUCAUACUCAGCAAAUAUAUCAGACGAGGAUGAGUAUAAUUCUGACCUUGAGAAGAUAUAUGCUUUAUAAACACUAGUAAUAAAAUUAAGCCUGUAAAAAGCGUGGUACAGCUGCAGAAAGUCUUCGUGGUAUUAAGUAUGCCUCCUUGUAAUUAAAUGUCCGGUGAUUUCUUCUAGAAUUCUAGUAUCGAGCAGACAGUUUUGAAAUCCAGUGGCUGUAUAAAAGAGUUGGUUUCAUGCUUUCUAGUUGGCAGAUCUCAAGGCUGAAUAUAGAUUUGUGUAUAGCCAGGUUCAUAUAGGAACAGUCUAUUAAACUCUUGGUUACAUGGUUUGGCUA